UUAAACAUCUUCGAAAACAAUUUAUUUGUGCUUUGUUGUGCAUUGUGAAAAACUGAAAAAUUUUGGAUAAAUUUCCACUCAUCAAUACAAAAGAAGUACUUAAAGUUGGCUAUUUAUCUACAGAAACAUGACGUCUCUGGAACCUGCACAAAAUAAAACAUGGGACUUAUCCUUAUACGAAUUACAACGUAAUCCGCAGGAAAUUAUCACCGACAAUACCGAAAUUGCGGUUUCGCCACGGAGUCUGCAUAGUGAAUUGAUGUGUCCCAUUUGUUUGGAUAUGCUUAAGAAGACAAUGACCACAAAAGAGUGUUUACAUCGUUUCUGUUCCGAUUGCAUAAUUACUGCACUACGUUCGGGUAAUAAAGAAUGCCCCACUUGUCGCAAGAAACUUGUAUCGAAACGUUCAUUACGGCCUGAUCCAAAUUUUGAUCUUUUAAUAUCGAAAAUAUACCCCAGUCGUGAAGAGUAUGAAGCCAUACAAGAAAAAGUUAUGGCUAAAUUUAAUCAAACACAAUCACAGCAAGCACUCGUUAACUCCAUAAAUGAGGGUAUUAAAUUACAAUCUCAAAAUCGUCCACAGCGUUUCCGUGCCAAAGGGUGUGGGGGACGUAAUGGUGGUAAUCACAAUUCGGCAAAUAAUGCGAAUAAUUCGAAUAAUGAAAGUGCCACUAAUGGCAAUGAUAGUGAUAAUCGCGAAAGUGUUAAUAAUAAUGCACCACAGCCGGCUGCUGCUGCACCACCAACACAUUCCAGUACUUCGGCAGCCGCAGCAUCAGCAUCUGGUAGUAGUGCCAGUACCAGUCGUAUGCAGCAUGAUGAUGGUGGCUCAAAUCCGCCAUCUAUGCGCAGCACACCAUCUCCGGUGCCAUCGAAUUCGAGUAGUUCGAAACCGAAACGUGCUAUGUCAGUAUUGACAUCGGAACGUUCCGAAGAAUCUGAAUCUGAUUCGCAAAUGGAUUGUCGAACUGAAGGUGACUCCAAUAUCGAUACCGAAGGUGAAGGUACAGGUGAGCUCGGUAUUAAUGAUGAAAUAGAAUUGGUAUUUAAGCCGCAUCCGACUGAAAUGGCUGGGGAUAAUCAAUUAAUGAAGGCUUUAAAAGAAAACUGCAUACGUUACAUAAAGACCACCGCAAAUGCAACAGUGGACCAUUUAAGUCAAUACUUGGCAAUGCGCCUAACAUUGGAUUUGGGAUCUGACCUGCCCGAAGCUUACCGUAUGCUCAACUUUUGUAUCUACAUUGCACCACAACCCCAGCAACUGGUCAUAUUAAACGGUAAUCAGACCCUACAUCAAGUUAAUGACAAGUUCUGGAAGGUAUCGAAAGUAAAUAAACCAAUGGAAAUGUACUACUCAUGGAAGAAAUCAUAGAAAGCUAUUGAUUAGAUUAAAUCACUAUUUGUAAUUUAAAGAAAAUUUUCUUAUAAACGCGCGUAUAAAAUAUGCUUUGUAGAGCAUAGGCUUUAUGUCUUAUAAUACACUUAACAAAAUGUAUGAUUUAGUUUCCAAAUAAAUUAAU